UAUCCCCGAAACUGUUGUCUGCUGCGUACUUCCUGAAAGGGUAUUUUUUGAUAUUUUAUCAAGAAUGGCAUCUAUUCUUGACCAGUAUGAGCAUGAGCAGGCAUCAUACACUACACCAAAAUCACGAACUAUUCCGGAACCACUGGGUCCAGGUAUCUUUGAUGUUCGCUUGGGAGACACAGAGGUUCCAAUCUUCAGCAAGAGCAAGAUAAAUUUUAAGCCAGAUGAGCCGAUCACCCAUCUUGUGGUGUGUAACAACUUCCUGGUACUGGUCAUGAACCAUGGUGUCCUCAUGCGCCUAGAUCUGGAACAUGCUGAUGACACAGACCGGGUUGAACUCUUCAAGCCAGGAGAGGAGAGAGUCCACCGAAUGUUCCUUGACCCGACUGGCCGACAUCUCAUAAUUAGUCUGGAGUCACAGGAGAACCUCUACCUGUCACGCAACUCUAAGAAACCCAAGCCAAUUGCAAAACUAAAGGGUCACCAUAUAGACAGUGUGGGGUGGAACUGGCAGAAUGCCAAUGAGAACACCACAGGGGCCAUCCUCCUGGGAACCAGUAAAGGGCUGAUAUUUGAGACUGAGUUAUCGGCCAAUGAGGAGAGUCGUUUCUGGCAAGGAAACCUGGACCAGUACCUCAGACAGUUAUUCAACUUGCGAGGAGCAAAUAUUGAGCCAAUCACAGGGAUAGAGUUUGACCGGAUGCCUUCUGAUUCGAUGACAGAGUACCAGUACUACAUCCUCGUCACCACACCAGGGAAGCUGUACCAGUUCAUCGGCACCGUUUCCAAGUCAGCAGAACCUCCGAUGUUCCAGCAUCUCUUUCAGCAGUUUGAGGAACAAAACAAAGUUGAGUUCACAGAGCUGCCAGGAGACUUUGGCUACAGCGAGUUCCGUCUAUACCUUAAGUUCCGGGAACCGGCGAGGAAGUUUGCCUGGAUGGCAGGUCCUGGUGUCUACUAUGGUGACAUAGACACAUCAGGCAAGCUGGGUCCAUACACAGUCACAACCAACCAGAUGUUGAUGCGCUACCCAAAGGACGGGGAGGAAAGGACGGCCAAUUAUCCGUUCAGUAUGGUCCUAACAGAGUUCCAUACACUUCUGCUCUUCCCCGACAGGCUGAAGGCUUUCUGUCUCCUGAAUGAACAACAGAUUUAUGAUGAUCAUUACUCAGAUAGGUUUGGUCGUCUGCUUGGACUGUGGAAAGAUCCGCUAAAGGGAACCAUCUGGGUGUACACCUCACAGAAUGUCUUCAAGUACAAGGUCACCAACGAAGCCAGGGAUGUAUGGCAGAUGUACCUAGACCGUGGGGAGUUUGAGCUUGCCAAGCAGUACUGCAAGGACAACCCAAUACAGAGAGAUAGAGUACUGACAAAACAGGCUGAAUUUCUAUUUAAUGAAAGAAGGUAUCUUGAGGCUGCAGAGAUGUAUGCUCAGACAGAGAACUCAUUUGAAGAGAUAGCCUUGAAGUUUAUAAGAUUAGAUGACAGGGAUGCCUUGAGAAGACUACUACAUAAGAAGUUGGAAUCUUUGAAAAACCAAGACAAAACCCAGAUGACAAUGUUGGUGACAUGGCUGAUAGAGAUCUACUUGAACCAGCUUGGGCAGCUGAAGGAGCAGCAGUUAGAGUCCAGUCCCCGCUUCAGGCAACUGCAGCAGGAGUUUCAGGGCUUCCUCAAACAGACCAGGGUCAAGGAGUGUGUCCAGCACAACAAACAUGUGGUGUACGAUCUCAUCUCAAGCCACGGGGACGUUGUCGACUUUGUCUUCUUCGCCAUUCUAAUGCAGGACUAUGAGAAAGUGAUCAGCCAUUACAUCCAGUAUGACAACUACAGAGGAGCUCUCGAAAUACUCAACAAACAGUCUGAGAUGAACCUGUUCUACAAGUUUUCCCCGCUGCUAAUCCAGUACGUUCCCAAGGAGACAGUCACAGCCUGGAUCAAACAAGGACAAAACCUCGACCCCAAAAAACUGAUACCUGCCCUCGUACAAUAUGACCACAACAAGUACAAAGAACAGGGUAGUGAGGUUAUACGGUACCUGGAGUUCUGUAUCGAGAGCCUGCACAACAGGGAUGAGGCUAUACACAACUACCUGAUCUCCCUGUACGCCAAACUACAGCCAGAUAAACUGAUGGGAUACCUCCUUAAACAGGACCAGGAGGAGGCUGAGCGGGGCCAUGAGCUGUCUUACGACCUGAAGUAUGCCCUGCGACUCUGCUCUGAGUACAGUCACAAAGCUGAGUGUGUCCACAUCUAUUCCCGCAUGAAACUGUAUGAGGAGGCUGUAGACCUCGCACUAACAUUUGAUGUUGAACUGGCAAAAAUGGAGGCGAACAAGCCAGAGGAGGAGGAUGUGGAGCUAAAGAAGAAACUCUGGCUCAGGAUAGCGCGUCAUGUGGUAGAGGAGGAGAAGGAUGUUAAGCGAGCCAUGGAGUUCCUACAUGAGUGUGACCUAUUGAAGAUUGAGGACAUUUUGCCUUUCUUCCCAGACUUUGUCACCAUCGACCACUUCAAGGAUGCGAUCGUUACAUCCCUUGAGAAGUACAACCAACACAUCGCCACGCUGGAGGACGAGAUGAAGGAGGCAACCGGAAGUGCCGAGGAGAUUCGCAAGGAAAUACAGGGAUUCAGAAACAAGUACGCCCAUGUGAAGGCUUUAGACAAGUGCUCCAAGUGUGGCUUCCCCUUGAUGACACGGGCGUUCUACCUGUUCCCAUGCCAGCACAAGUUCCACUCAGACUGCCUUAUUGACGAGAUCCUGCCAAACUUGUCUGGGGCAAAGAUUGGGGCUCGUGUCAAGGAACUGCAGAAGAAACUGGCAGAGCGUGAUGAUCGGUCCAGCAGUGUGGUCGGCAAACAGGAUACCACCGCACUCUCAUCCAAGUUUACAGCAAAGGCUGAACUGGAUGAUUUAGUAGCGUCCGAAUGUAUUUACUGUGGGAUUUACAUGAUCAGGAGUAUAGACAAAGCGUUCAUUGAAGAUGGGGAGGAUGAACAGGGUUGGCUGUAACCUUGCAUGUACAUUGCUGCUGUGUGGUUCUAGUGCUAACAGGUGCGACAGAGAAUGACAGAUACAGUGUGCUUAAAGAAAAUAUGAUAUAUGUUUGUGAUAUGUGUCUUGAAUGAUUAUUUUGUUAGUUAUGUUCAUACUGCAUGUGGUAAAGUUAUUAUAUGUGUUUGUAUUGGCCAUAGAACAUUUAAGUUUCAUUGAGAAGUGCAAGAACAAUUUAUAAAAAAAUGUUUAGAGUCAUGAUUUAUAUGUGUAUAUCACUACAUUCCUACCAUGAUCGCUGUGCAGACAAGCUCUGUCCAAGAUGCCCAGUAGUCUUUGGACUGUUUGUAUGAAUAUAUUGAAUGUGAAGUACAUGUGCUGCUAAGAAUUGAUUUUAUAUGUAGUUAGCAGGUGUAAUAUGCUUGCUCACAAUUAAAGAAGUAUGUGCAAUAUUGUAGAAAAUUAAUUAUGAUGAUGAUUUUCUUGUUGAAGUAUAUGUUUUAAUUAUAAAGAAAUAAAUAUAAAAUAAA